UGAUGGUUUUCUACAGUCAGGUUUGUCGAGUUCUACAGAUUUAUUGUUUUAUAAGUUACUGCAAUUGUAAUAUAUAGUAUUCUCUGUAAUGCCGAAGAAAAAAACUGGUCAACGUAAGAAAGCUGAAAAGCAAAAACUUCGCCAGAAAGAGAUUCGGAACCGCGAAUCUCAGCUGCCGGAGCAACCAUGCAAUCUACCAAUGGAUUGUGAAAAAUGUGGCAAGAAGCAGAAAUCUCGUGCCUUUUGCUACUUUUGUCAAAGUGUUCAACGUUUACCGAUCUGCGCCCAAUGUGGUAAGCAGAAAUGCAUGUUGAAAACUGGUGACUGCGUCAUAAAGCAUGCAGGAGUUUUCACUACUGGUUUGCAGAUGGUUGGGGCAAUUUGUGAUCACUGCGAAGCAUGGGUCUGUCAUGGCCGGAAGUGUCUGCAGUCACACGCCUGCACCUGUCCUCUUAUCGAUGCUGUUUGCGUUGAGUGUGAACGAGGAGUCUGGGACCACGGAGGUCGCAUGUACAAGUGCUGUUUCUGCGACAACUUUCUCUGCGAAGACGAUCAAUUUGAACAUCAAGCGUCGUGUCAGGUACUGGAAUCUGAAUCGUAUAAGUGUCAGUCAUGUAACAAGCUGGGUCAAUAUUCGUGCUUACGAUGUAAAACAUGCUACUGCGAAGAUCAUAUUCGUCGAAAAGGAUUCAAGUAUGAUAAAAACAAGCCGAUUCCUUGUCCCAAAUGCAACUAUGAUACAAGUCAGACUAAGGAUCUGAGCAUGUCAGUUCGUAGCCAUAAAUAUGGCCGUAAACGCCAAGAUGACUCCGGAGAUGAGGAUGACUACGUUUACGAUGCCGAGUAUACUGCCUAUCGUCAAGCUGCAGAUCGCUACAACGAAACUGAUUCCGACGAUGACGACGACUAUGAUGAUGGCUCGGACGAUGAAGAGGAUUCCGACGAUGAUGAAGAAGAAAUCAGCGAAGAUGAAAAGGCUGCUGACAAUGCUGCAACUAGCUCCGGUGGACAAUGCGGUAAAUGAAAAUCUUACGUUUGUUGCUUGGUUUUGUUGAAUUCUGUGUAUUGUGGUACAAAUAUACCGUAGACGGGAUC